AUGCCUUCUGCACUGUUAUUAGUAAAUCUUCUUUCAGCUUUAUUCAUCCCUUUUGUGUAUGGAGAAACUGAAAUAAGGUUUGCCGGACAAACAAAAUUUGUAGUUAACGAAACAAGUACAACAGUUGUUCGUCUUGUCAUCGAAAGAAUAGGAAAGCCAGCAAAUGUCACUGCAGUUGUGUCGCUGUAUGGAGAGGACACAGGUGACUUUUUUGACACGUAUGCUGCAGCUUUUAUACCUGUUGGAGAAACAAAUAGGACAGUGUACAUAGCAGUAUGUGAUGAUGAUUUACCGGAGCCUGAUGAAACUUUCGUUUUUCACCUAACAUUACAGAAACCUUCAGCAAAUGUGAAACUUGGAUGGCCAAGGACUGUUACUGUGACAAUAUUAUCAAAUGACAAUGCAUUUGGAAUUAUUUCAUUUAAUAUGCCUUUCUCAAUCAUGGUGAGUGAGCCCAGAGGCAGAAAUGAAUCUGUGCCUCUUACUCUCAUCAGAGAAAAAGGAACCUUUGGAAUGGUCAUUGUGUCUUUUGAGGUGGAGGGUGGCCCAAAUCCACCUGAAGAAGAUUUGAGUCCAGUUAAAGGAAAUAUCACCUUUCCCCCUGGUGGAGCAACAGUAGUUUAUAACCUGACAGUACUUGAUGAUGAGGUACCAGAAAAUGAUGAAAUAUUUUUUAUUCAACUGAGAAGUGUAGAAGGAGGAGCAGAGAUCAACAUCUCUAGGGGCUCAGUUGAGAUCAUCAUUAAGAAAAAUGACAGUCCGGUGAGAUUCAUUCAGACUGUUUAUUUGGUCCCUGAGGAAGACCACAUACUCAUCAUUCCAGUGGUUCGUGGAAAAGAUGAUAAUGGAAACUUAAUUGGCUCUGAUGAAUAUGAAGUUUCGAUCAGUUAUGUUGUGAUAACUGGGAACUUAACAGCACAUGCCCAGCAACAUGUAGACUUCAUUGAUCUCCAGCCAAACACAACUAUUAUUUUUGCACCUUUUGCUCAUGAAUCACACCUGAAAUUUCAAAUAGUUGAUGAUGACAUACCAGAGAUUGCUGAAUCGUUUCAUAUUGUGUUACUAAAAGAUACCUUACAAGGAGAUGCUGUACUGUUGGGUCCUUCUGUUGUUCAAGUCACCAUUAAGCCAAAUGACAAACCUUACGGAGUUCUCUCAUUCAACACUAUCUUGUUUGAAAGGACAGUUGUAAUUGAUGAAGAUACAACAUCCAGAUAUGAAGAAAUUACAGUGGUUAGAAAUGGUGGCACCCAUGGGAAUAUUUCUGUGAACUGGGUUUUGACACGGAAUAGCAGUGAUCCCUCACCGGUAACAGCAGAUAUCAGCCCAAGUUCUGGAGUUCUCAACUUUGCACAGGGGCAGAUGUUGGCAUCAAUUCCUCUUACUCUUGUUAAUGAUGAUCUUCCAGAAGAGGCAGAAGCUUACCUACUUCAGAUUCUGCCUCAUACAAUACGAGGAGGUGCAGAAGUGAGCGAACCAGCCCAGCUUUUGUUCUACAUUCAGGAUAGUGAUGAUGUUUAUGGCCUAAUCACAUUUUUUCCUAUGGAAAACCAGAAGAUUGAAAGCAGUCCAGGUGAAAGAUGUUUAUCCUUGAGUUUCACAAGACUAGGAGGAACUGAAGGAGAUGUGGAGAUGUUUUAUUCUGCGCUUCAUGUUCCUGCUGGACCUGUGGACCCUUUGCGAGCAAAAGAUGGCAUCUUAAAUGUGUCCAGGAGAAACAGCCUCAUUUUUCCAGAGCAAAAAACCCAAGUCACUGUAAAAUUACCAAUAAGAAAUGAUGCAUUCCUUCAAAAUGGGGCCCACUUCCUAGUACAGUUGGAAACUGUGGAGUUGGUGAACAUAAUUCCCCCAAUCCCACCUAUAAGUCCUAGAUUUGGAAAAAUUCGAAAUAUUUCUUUACUGAUUACUCCAGACAUUGCAAAUGGAGAAAUUGGCUUUAUCAGCAGUCUUCCAAUCAUUUUGCAUGAACCAGAAGAUUCUGCUGCUGAAGUGGUAUACAUUUCCUUACAUCGGGAUGGGACUGAUGGUCAGGCUACCGUCUUUUGGAGUUUGAAGCCCUCUGGCUUUAAUUCAAAAGCAGUGACUCUGGAAGAUAUAGGUCCCUUCAAUGGCUCUGUUGUGUUUUUAUCUGGGCAAAGUGACACCACAAUCAACAUCACUGUUCAAGCUGAUGACAUACCGGAAAUGAAUGAGACAGUAACACUUUCUCUAGACAGGGUCACUUUGGAAAAUCAAAUACUGAAAUCUGGGUAUACUAGCCGUGACCUGAUUAUUUUGGAAAAUGAUGAUCCUGGGGGAAUUUUUGAAUUUUCUCCUGCUUCCAGAGGACCCUAUGUUAUUAAAGAAGGAGACUCUGUAGAGCUCCAUAUCAUCCGAUCCAGGGGAGCUCUGGUUAAGCAGUUUCUACACUACCGAGUAGAGCCAAGAGAAAGCAAUGAAUUCUAUGGAAACACAGGGGUAUUAGAAUUUAAACCUGGGGAAAGGGAGAUUGUAAUCACCCUGCUGACAAGAUUGGAUGGGAUACCAGAGUUGGAUGAACAUUACUGGGUGGUCCUCAGCAGCCAUGGUGAACGGGAAAGCAAGUUGGGACAUGCUGUUGUCGUCAACAUAACGAUUUUAAAAAAUGAUGAUCCUCAUGGGAUUAUAGAAUUUGUUUCUGAUUAUCUAAUUGUAAUGAUAAACGAAAGUAAAGGAGAUGAUACCUACAGUGCUGUUUAUGGUGUAAUAAGAAAUCGAGGCAACUUUGGUGAUGUUAGUGUACUGUGGGUGGUUCGUCCGGACUUUACACAAGAUGUAUUUCCUAUCCAAGGGACUAUUUUCUUUGGAGAUCAGGAAUUUUCAAAAAAUAUCACCAUUUACUCCCUUCCAGAUGAGAUUCCAGAGGAAAUGGAGGAAUUUACCAUUACCCUACUUAAUGCCACUGGAGGAGCUAAAAUGGGAAAUAAAACUACAGCAACUCUGUGGAUUCUAAGAAAUGAUGACCCCAUUUAUUUUGCAGAACCUCGUGUAGUGAGGGUUCAGGAAGGAGACACUGCUGGCUUUACUGUUCUCAGAAACGGAUCUGUUGAUGUUGCCUGCGCUGUCCAAUAUGCUACCCAGGACGGGGAGGCUACUGCAAGAGAGGGAGACUUUGUUUCCAUUGAAAAAGGAGAAACGCUUGUUUUUGUGGUCGGAAGUAGAGAGCAGAGCAUAUCUGUACUUGUUAAUGAAGAUGAUAUCCCAGAAACAGUUGAGCGCUUUUAUGUACUCCUCUCCAAUUCAACAGGUGAUACAGUAGUAUAUCAAUAUCCACUAGCUACAGUGAUAAUUGAAGCUAAUGAUGACCCAAAUGGUAUUUUUUCCUUGGAGGCUUUAGACAAAGCAGUAGAAGAAGGAAAGACCAAUGCAUUUUGGAUUUUGAGGCACCGAGGACACUUCGGCAGUGUUUCUGUGGCUUGGCAGCUAUUUCAGAAUGAUUCUGCUUUGCAAACUGGACAAGAGUUCUACGAAACUUCAGGAACUGUUAAUUUUAUGGAGGGAGAAGGAGCCAAGCCAAUAAUUCUCCAUGCUUUUCCAGAUAAAAUUCCUGAAUUCAAUGAAUUUUAUGUUUUAAAGCUUGUAAACAUUUCAGGUGGGUCCCCAGGUCUUGGAGGCCAACUAGCAGGAACCAACCUCCAGGUGACAGUAAUGAUUCCAUUCAAUGAUGAUCCCUUUGGAGUUUUCAUCCUGGAUCCAGAGUGCCUGGAGAGAGAAGUGGCAGAAGAUGUCCUCUCAGAAGAUGAUAUGUCUUAUAUUACCAAUUUUACCAUUUUGAGGCAGCAGGGUACCUUUGGUGAUGUACGAGUAGGCUGGGAAAUACUGUCCAGUGAGUUUACUGCUGGUUUGCCUCCGAUGAUAGACUUUUUGCUGGUUGGAAUCUUCCCCAGCACUGUGCAUUUACAGCCGCGCUUGCGGCGUCACCAUAGUGGAACAGACGCUUUGUACUUCAGUGGGCUAGAGGGGGCAUUUGGAACUGUGAAUCCCAAAUACCGUCCCUCCCGUAACAACUCAAUCGCCAACUUUACAUUUUCAGCUUGGGUGAUGCCCAGUGCCAAUACAAAUGGAUUUGUUAUAGCGAAGGAUGAUGGUAAUGGAAGCAUCUACUAUGGGGUAAAAAUUCAAACCAAUGAAUCCCAUGUGACACUUUCCCUUCAUUACCAAACUGUGGGUUCCAAUGCUACAUAUAUUGCCAAGACAACAGUUAUGAAAUACUUAGAAGAAAAUGUUUGGCUUCAUCUUCUAAUUACCCUGGACGAUGGUAUAAUUGAAUUCUACCUUGAUGGAAAUGCAUUGCCCAGAGGAAUCAAGAGUCUGAAAGGAGAAGCCAUUACUGAUGGUCCUGGAAUACUGAGAAUUGGGGCAGGAAUGAAUGGCAGGGACCGAUUUACAGGUUUGAUGCAGGAUGUGAGGUCCUAUGAGCGAAAACUGACCCUUGAAGAAAUUUUUGAACUUCAUGCCAUGCCAGCAAAGAGUGAUUUGCACCCUGUUUCUGGAUAUUUGGAAUUCAGACAGGGAGAAACUAACAAAUCAUUCAUUAUUUCUGCAAGAGAUGACAAUGAAGAGGAAGGAGAAGAAUUAUUCAUUCUUAAACUAGUCUCUGUAUAUGGAGGAGCUCGAAUUUCUGAAGAGAAAAGCACAGCAAGAUUAAUAAUACAAAAAAGUGACAAUGCCAAUGGCUUGUUUGGUUUCACAGGAACUUGUAUUCCAGAGAUUGCAGAGGAGGGAUCCACCAUUUCAUGUGUGGUGGAGCGAACCAGAGGAGCUCUGGACUAUGUGCAUGUUUUUUACACCAUCUCGCAGAUCGAAUCUGAUGGCAUGAAUUACCUUGUCGAUGAUUUUGCUAAUGCCAGUGGAGCUAUCACAUUCCUUCCUUGGCAGAGAUCAGAGGUCCUGAAUAUAUAUGUUCUUGAUGAUGAUAUUCCUGAACUUAGUGAAUAUUUCCGUGUGACAUUGGUUUCUGCAAUUCCUGGAGAUGGGAAGCUAGGUUCAACUCCCACCAGUGGUGCAAGCAUAGAUCCUGAAAAGGAAGUGACAGAUAUCACCGUCAAAGCUAGUGAUCAUCCAUACGGCUUGCUGCAGUUCUCCACAGGGCUGCCUCCCCAGCCUGAGGACACGAUGACCCUGCCUGCAAGCAGCAUUCCGCACAUCACUGUGCAGGAGGAAGAUGGGGAAGCUAGGUUAUUGAUCGUCCGCGCACAGGGACUCCUGGGGAGGGUUACGGCAGAAUUUAGAACAGUGUCCCUGACAGCAUUCAGUCCUGAGGACUACCAGAGUGUGGCUGGUACCUUAGAAUUUCAACCAGGAGAAAGAUAUAAAUACAUUUCUGUUAACAUCACUGAUAAUUUUAUACCUGAAUUGGAAAAAUCUUUUAAAGUUGAAUUGCUAAACUUGGAGGGAGGAGUGACUGAACUCUUUAGGGUUGAUGGCAGUGGUAGUGGUGAUGGGGACAUGGACUUCUUCCUUCCAGCUAUUCACAGACGUGCCAGCCUAGGAGUGGCUUCCCAAAUUCUAGUGACAAUUGCGGCUUCUGACCAUGCUCAUGGUAUAUUUGAAUUUAGCCCUGAGUCACUCUUUGUCAAUGGAACGGAGCCAGAAGAUGGGUACAGCACUGUUGUGUUAAAUAUUAUAAGAAGUCAUGGAGCUCUGUCUCACGUGACUUUGCUGUGGAGCAUCGACUCUGAUCCUGAUGGUGAUCUCGCCUUCACCUCUGGCAACGUCACAUUUGAGAUUGGGCAGAAGACUGCCGACAUCACAGUGCAAGUGCUGCCAGAUGAGGACCCAGAACUAGACAAGGCGUUCUCUGUGUCCAUCCUCAGUGUCUCCAGCGGCUCUUUGGGAGCUCGUGCUAAUGCCACUUUAACAGUUUUGGCUAGUGACGAUCCUUAUGGGGUCUUCAUCUUUUCUGAGAAAACGAGACCUAUUGAAGUUGAGGAGGCAAUGCGGAACAUCACAUUAUCAAUAAUACGGUUAAAAGGCCUCAUGGGAAAAGUCAGAGUCACAUAUGCAACACUGGAUGAUUUGGAAAAACUGCCUUAUUUUCCACCUAAUUUAGCCAGAGCAACUCAAGGAAGAGACUAUACACCAGCUUCUGGAUUUGCUUUUUUUAGAGCCAACCAGAGUGAGGCAACAAUAAAUAUUUCAAUUUUGGAUGAUGAUGAACCAGAAAGAUCAGAGUCGGUGUUUAUUGAACUACUCAAUGCUACUUUAGUAGAGAGAGUGCAGAAUCGCCCAAUUCCAAAUUCUCCACGCCUUGGGCCUAAGAUAGAAACGAUUGCUCAUCUAAUUAUCAUCGCCAAUGAUGAUGCAUUUGGAAUUCUUCAGCUCUCAGCACCAGUUGUUCGAGUGGCAGAAAAUCAUGUUGGGCCCAUUAUCAAUGUGACCAGAGCAGGGGGAGCAUUUGCAGAUGUUUCUGUGAAGUUUAAAGCCGUGCCAGUGACUGCAGUAGCUGGUGAAGAUUAUAGUAUAGCUUCAUCGGAUGUGGUCUUGCUAGAAGGGGAGAUCAGUAAAGCUGUGCCAAUAUAUAUCAUUAAUGACAUCUACCCUGAGCUGGAAGAAUCUUUUCUUGUGCAACUGCUGAAUGAAACAACAGGUGGAGCCAAAGUAGGGGUAUUAACAGAGGCGAUUAUUAUUAUUGAGGCCUCUGAUGACCCCUAUGGAUUAUUCGGUUUUCAGAUUACUAAACUUACUGUAGAGGAACCUGAGUUUAACUCAGUGAAGGUAAACCUGCCAAUAAUUCGAAAUUCUGGGACACUCGGCAAUGUUACUGUUCUGUGGGUUGCCACCAUUAAUGGACAGCUUGCUACUGGCGACCUGCGAGUUGUCUCAGGUAAUGUGACCUUUGCCCCUGGGGAAACCAUUCAAACCUUGUUGUUAGAGGUCCUGGCUGACGACGUUCCGGAGAUUGAAGAGGUCAUCCAAGUACUACUAACUGAUGCCUCUGGUGGAGGUACUAUUGGGUUAGAGCGAGUGGCAAAUAUUAUUAUUCCUGCCAAUGAUAAUCCUUAUGGUACAGUAGCCUUUGUUCAGUCAGUGUAUCACGUUCAAGAGCCUCUGGAGCGAAGUUCCUGUGCUAACAUAACUGUCAGACGAAGCGGAGGGCACUUUGGUCGGCUCUUGCUGUUCUACAGCACUACGGAUAUCGAUGCGGUGGCCCUUGCAGUUGAGCAGGGUCAAGAUUUACUGUCCUACUAUGAACUGCCAGUUCGAGGGGUACCUGACCCCCUCUGGAGAACUUGGGUGAAUGUCUCUGCAGUGGGGGAGCCCCAGUAUACCUGUGCCACUUGGUGCCUCAGAGAACAUGCGUGCUCAGCGUUUUCAUUUUUCAGCACGUCUGGGGGCCCCCAGUGUUUUUGGAUGACAUCAUGGAUCAGCCCAGUUGUUAACAACUCAGACUUCUGGACCUACAGGAAAAACAUGACCAGGGUAGCGUCUGUUUUUAGUGGUCUGGCCGUGGCUGGUAGUGACUAUGAGCCUGUGACAAGGCAGUGGGCCACAAUGCUGGAAGGCGAUGAAUUUGCAAACCUCACAGUUUCUAUUCUUCCUGAUGAUUUACCAGAGAUGGAUGAGAGUUUCUUAAUUUCUCUCCUUGAAGUUCACCUCAUGAACAUCACAGCCAGUUCUAAAAACCAACCAACCAUAGGGCAGCCAAACACUUCCACUGUUGUCAUAGGAUUAAAUGGUGACGCCUUCGGAGAGUUUGUGAUCUAUGGUGUUCAUCCCAAUACUUCAGAAGAUGGCUUACAUGUCGAAGUUCAGGAGCAGCCACAAACUUCAGUGGAGCUGGUGAUUCAUAGGACAGGGGGCAGUUUAGGUCAGGUGACAGUCGAAUGGCACGUAGUUGGUGGGACUGCUGUUGAAGGUUUAGAUUUUAUAGGUGCUGGAGACAUUCUGACUUUUGCUGAAGGGGAAACCAAAAGGACAGCCAUUUUAACCAUCCUGGACGAUUCCGAGCCCGAGGACAAUGAAAGCAUCCUAGUCAGUCUGGUGCACACUGAAGGCGGAAGUAGGAUUUUGCCCAGUGCUGACACUGUCCGAGUGGACAUUGUGGCCAAUGACAAUGUGGCAGGAAUUGUCGGCUUUCAGACAGGUUCCAGAUCUGUCAUAGGGCACGAAGGAGAAAUUUUGCAGUUCCAUGUGCUAAGAACACCCCCAGGUCGAGGAAAUGUUACUGUUAACUGGAAAAUUACUGGGCAAAAUCUAGAAGUCAGUUUUGCUAACUUUACUGGACAACUGUUCUUUCCUGAGGGAUCAUUGAAUAGAACAAUAUUUGUGCAUUUGUUGGAUGAUAACAUUCCUGAGGAGAAAGAAGUAUACCAAGUCAUUUUGUAUGAUGUUAAGACACAAGGAGUUCCGCCAGCAGGAAUCGCUUUGCUUGAUGCUCAAGGAUAUGCAGCUGCCCUGACUAUAGAAGCCAGUGAUGAACCACAUGGAGUUUUAAAUUUUGCUCUUUCAUCAAGAUUUGUUUUCCUGCAAGAGUCUAAUGUAACAAUUCAACUUUUCAUCAACAGAGAAUUUGGAUCUCUAGGAGCAGUUAAUGUCACAUAUACCACAGUUCCUGGGAUGUUGAGUCUAAAGAACCAAACAGAAGGAAACCUAGCUGAGCCGGAUGCUGACUUUGUCUCAGUAGUUGGCUUUCUGAUUUUAGAAGAAGGGGAAACAGCAGCAGCCAUCAACAUUACCAUUCUUGAGGAUGAUAUACCAGAACUAGAAGAAUAUUUCCUCGUGAAGUUGACUCAUGUUGAACUCAUGGCUCCUUUACCUUCAUUUCCUCCUAGACUAGAUUCAGAGGGCUUGACAGCACAAAUUGUUAUUGACGCCAAUGAUGGUGCUCAAGGCAUAAUUGAAUGGCAGCACAGCAGGUUUGAAGUAAAUGAAACCCAAGCAACUUUAACAUUAGUAGCCCAGAGGAGCAAAGGAGCUCUUGGCCACGGUUCUUUCUUUGUGUAUGCCCAGAACUUGGAAGCCCAGCUGGGGCUGGAUUACAGCUUCACCCCAAUGGUUCUUUAUUUUGCUGAUGGAGAAAGGUAUCAAAAUGUUGACAUCACAAUUCUUGAUGAUGACAUUCCAGAAGCAGAUGAAACAUUUCAGCUGAUACUAACAAAUCCUUCUCCUGGACUAGAGCUGGGGGAAAGUACAAUAGCCUCAAUUACUGUCCUUGGUAAUGAUGAUGGCCCUGGAGUUCUGUCAUUUAACAACAGUGAGCACUUCCUCCUGACAGAACCCACAGCUCUCUAUGUAGAGGAGAGCGUUGCAGUACUGCACAUUGUUCGGGAACCUGCACAAGGACUGUUUGGAACUGUGACAGUUCAGUUUAUUGUGACAGAAGUAAAUUCUUCUCUGGAGUCUAAAGAUCUGUCUCCUUCCAAAGGCUAUAUUGUUUUAGCAGAAGGUAUUCGCUUCAAGACCCUACACAUAUCUGCCAUAUUGGACACAGAACCAGAAAUGGAUGAGCAUUUUGUUUGCACCUUGUUUAAUCCAACUGGAGGUGCUAGACUAGGGGCACGUGUUCAAACCCUGAUAACAGUUUUGCAAAACCAGGCCCCUCUGGGGCUAUUCAGUAUUUCUACAGUCGCAAAUAGAGCCACCUCUGUAGACAUUGAAGAAGCCAACAGCACUGUUUAUUUAAAGGUGUCACGUACUAAUGGCAUUGAUUUAGCUGUCAGUGUGGAGUGGGAGACAAUAUCUGAAACAGCUUUUGGCAUGAGGGGAGUGGAUGUUGUGUUUUCCAUUUUUCAAAGUUUUUUGGAUGCAUCUCCUUCUGGUUGGUGUUUCUUUACUUUGGAAGAUUCAGUAUAUGGUGUAAUGUUAAGAAAACUGUCUUCUACUCUUUAUCGGUGGCAAGGGAUUUUCAUUCCACUCGAGGAUUUAAAUAUACAGAAUCCUAAAACUUGUGAGGCCUUUAAUAUUGGUCUUUCCCCCUAUUUUGUGAUUACUCAUCAAGGAAGAAAUGAAGAAAAGUCUUCUGUUAACAGUGUGUAUACAUUCACAUCUGGCUUCAAAUUAUUCCUGGUACAAACAAUCAUUAUUUCUGAAAGUUCUCAAGUAAGAUACUUUACUUCAGAAAAUGAACAUUAUUUAAUUGUUGCAAGUCAGAGAGAUGAUUCUGAAUUGACCCAGGUCUUCAGAUGGAGUGGAGGAAGCUUUGUGUUGCACCAGACACUCCCCGUCCGAGGCGUGCUGAGUGCGGCCUUGUUCGCCAGAGGAGGCUCUGUGUUCUUAGCCAUUUCCCAGGUGAAUGCCAGGCCAAAUGCCCUUUUACUCAGGUGGUCUGGCAGUGAAUUUAUUGACUUUCAAGAAGUGCUGAUCAGUGGGACAACGCAAGUCGAGGCCUUGGCUUCAGGCGAUGAUAUUUACUUAAUUUUUGCCAAAACUAUCUUUCUAGGAGAUCAGAAUUCAACUGAUAUAUUCAUCUGGGAGACAGGACAGCCUUCUUUCAGAUAUUUUCAGUCCCUGGGAUUUGCUACCGUUCAUAGAAUCCACUCCUUCACAUCAUCCUCAGGAAUUGUCCACAUACUUCUUCUUGGCCAAGCUGUGUCUGCUCUUUACUGCUGGAAUUCAGAGGUGAAUCGGUUCUCUUUUAUUCUGGAAGCACCUUCUGCUCAUGAUGCAGCUUCUGUUAUAGUAAAGUCCCUUAAUUCAAGCAAGAAUUUAAUUGCUCUGGCGGGAGCCACCUACUCACACAUGUAUGAGCUGACCUAUAUCUCAAGCCAGUCCGACUUUAUUCUUAGUUCAGGUGAACUGCUAUUUGAACCUGGUGACAGAGAAGCUGUAAUAGCAGUAAAUAUCCUUGAUGAUACAGUUCCAGAAGAAGACGAAUCCUUUAGAGUUCAGCUUAAAAAUCCCAAAGGAGGAGCAGAGAUUGGUAUUAAUGGUUAUGUAAAAAUCACCAUUCUGUCUAAUGAUGAUGCCUAUGGAGUUGUUGGAUUUGCUCAGAAUUCAUUAUAUAAGCAAGUGGAAGAAAUGGAGCAAGAUAGCCUUGUAACCUUAAAUGUUGAGCGCUUAAAAGGAACAUGUGGUCGUAUAACCAUAGCAUGGGAAUCUGAUGGAAGUAUUAGUGAUAUAUUUCCUACCUCAGGAGUGAUUUCAUUUUCUGAAGGCCAGGCACUGUCUACAAUCACUCUGACUAUUCUUGCUGAUGAUGUACCCGAGUUAUCAGAGGUUGUGAUCAUAAUGCUCAUCCAUAUUACCACGGAAGGGGUUGAGGACCCCUCAAAAGGUGCCACUAUCGAUCAGCAAAGAGCCAAGUCAGUGGUAACCACUCUGCCCAAUGACUCACCAUAUGGCUUGGUGGGCUGGCAUGCUGAGUCACUCUUCAUUAGAGUGGCAGAGCCUAAAGACAACACCACCAUUCUUCAGUUACCAAUUGUUCGAGAUAAAGGACUACUUGGGGACAUUGCCAUUCACGUGAUAGCUAAGCCCAAUUUCUUACUGCACAUCAGUAAUCAAGCUACUGAGAAUGAAGAUUAUAUACUGCAGGAAACAAUAAUAGCAAUGAAAGAAAGCAUCAAGGAAACUUAUGUCAAAGUUGCCAUUUUGCCGGAUAAUGCUCCCGAGUUGGAGGAAGGAUUUAUUGUCAACAUUACCGACGUGUAUCUGAUGAACUCUGACUUCUCUGUAGGACAGCCAAGUGUGCGGAGGCCUGGGAUGGAAAUAGCUGAGAUAAUGAUUGAAGAAAAUGAUGAUCCCAGAGGAAUUUUUAAGUUUCAUAUUACCAGAGAUGUGGGUGGAGUUAUUACUGCCUAUGAGGUGCCUCCACCCCUGAAUGUUCUUCAAGUUCCUGUAGUCCGGCUGGCUGGAAGCUUUGGGGCAGUACAUGUUUACUGGGAAGCAACAUUGGACAGUGCUGGCUUGGAAGACUUUAAGCCACCUCGUGGUAUUCUUGAAUUUGCAGAUAAACAAGCUACUGCAAUGAUAGAAAUCACCAUAAUUGAUGAUGCUGAAUUUGAAGUCAUGGAAAUGUUCAAUAUCUCCUUAAUCAGGGUGGCUGGAGGGGGCAGGCUUGGUGAUGAUGUUGGAGUAACUGUUGUUAUUCCACAAAAUGAUUCUCCAUUUGGAAUAUUUGGAUUUGAAGAAAAGACUGUAAUGGUUGAUGAAUCCCUUUUGUCUGAUGACCCUGAUUCGUAUGUGACACUGACAGUUGUCCGGUCCCCAGGAGGAAAAGGAGCCAUCGGCCUUCAGUGGAUGAUAGAUGAGACAGCUAAAGGUGACCUCAGUCCUUUGAAUGGGACACUUCAUUUUGAUGAGACUGAGUCCCAGAAGACCAUUUUGUUGCACACACUUCAAGAUUCCGUGUUGGAGGAGGACAGGCAUUUCACCAUUCAGCUGAUACCAGUUGGUGAGGUGGAAAUAUCUCCAUUCAAAGGUAGUGCAUCAAUAGUCAUUCGGGGAGAUAAGGGAGCAUCCGGAGAAGUUGGGAUAGCUCCAUCAUCUAGGCACGUCCUCAUUGGGGAACCGUCAGCAAAAUACAAUGGUACUGCUGUUAUCAGCCUCAUUCGUGGCCCUGCAAUUGGCGGGGAGGUCACAAUGUACUGGAGGAUAUUCCCUCCUUCCAUAGGGGAAUUUGCUGAAACAUCAGGAAAACUGACAAUGCGAGAUGGACAGUCUGCAGCAAUUGUAGUGAUACAGGCUUUGAAUGAUGACAUUCCUGAGGAAAAGAGUUUCUAUGAGUUUCAGCUCACCGGAGUCGGGGAGCGGGGAAUGCUGAGUGAGUCCAGCACCUCUGCCAGUAUCACUGUGGUGGCCAGUGACUUGCCCUAUGGCCGAUUUACCUUCUCACAAGAGCAACUCCGUGUGUCAGAAGCAGCGCAAAGGGUUGUCGUCGCCGUGUUGCGCUCUGGCGGGUCCCUGGGCCCCGUGGGACUGUGGUACGCCAUCGAGAGCGGCGCGGCGGAGGCGGGCGUGGGCUUCGUCCCUGCGGCCGGAGAGCUCCUCUUUGAAGCAGGAGAGACGGCGAAAAGCCUGCCUGUUGAAAUACUCAAAGACGGCCCUGAGGAAUUUUCUCUAGUAAUUACAAAGGUGGAGCUCCUGGGAAGAGGGUAUGAUUUUACCAUCCAAGAAAAUGGACUUCAGGUAGAUCAACCUCCUGAAAUAGGAAACAUCUCCAUUGUCCGAAUCAUAAUAAUGAAAAAUGAUAAUGCAGAGGGCGUCAUUGAAUUUGACCCAAGGUAUACUGACUAUGAAGUGGAGGAAGAUGUCGGAAUAAUCGUGAUUCCAGUGCUGAGGCUGCGGGGAGCAGACGGCCGUGUUACAGCCGAUUUCCUCUCUCAGAGCUCCUCUGCAGUUCCUGGUGUAGAUUAUGUGCUGCAUGGUAGUUCAGUCAUUUUCCAGCAUGGGCAGAACUUAAGUUUUAUAAAUGUCUCCAUCAUUGAUAACAGUGAAAGUGAAUACGCAGAGUCCAUUGAAAUUCUGCUUGUUGGCGCUACUGGUGGAGCGGUCCUUGGGCGCCACCUAGUGUGCAGAAUCACGAUUGCCAAAAGCGACUCUCCCUUUGGAGUUAUAAGAUUUCUCAAUCAAAGCAAAAUUUCUGUUCCUAAUCCCAAUUCCACAAUGAAUUUAUCCUUCAUGUUAGAGCGGACUGGAGGACGCUUGGGAGAUAUUCAGGUGGACUGGGAGAUAGUAGGACCCAAUUCUCAGGAAACCUUACUGCCACAGAACGGAGACAUUGCAGCCCCAGUGAGCGGGUCCUUCUAUUUUAGAGAGGGAGAAAGUGGAGUGAGAACCAUAGUUCUGACAGUCUGUCCUCAUGAAGACACUGAAGUUGAAGAGACUUUCAUCAUUAAACUUAAGCUUGUGAGGGGAGAAGCUAAAUUAGACUCCAGAGCUAAAGAUGUUACAUUAAUAAUACAGAAGUUUGGUGACCCAAAUGGCGUUGUUCAGUUUGCUCCUGAGUCUUUAUCUGAGAAGACCUAUUCUGAGCCGCCGGCUCUGGAGGGGCCCCUGAUCAUUCCCUUCUUUGUCAAAAGAGUCAGAGGCAUUUUUGGAGAGAUUACGGUUUACUGGGAAAUAAGUAGUGAGUUUGAUAUUACUGGAGACUUUCUUUCUACAAAAGGAUUUUUCACCAUUGCUGAUGGAAAGAGUGAAGUGAGCUUUGAUGUUCAUUUGCUACCAGAUGAUGUACCUGAGAUAGAGGAAGAUUAUGUGAUUCAGCUUGUUUCUGUAGAGGGAGGAGCAGAACUGUAUCCAGAAAAAUGCAUCACACGCUUCUCUGUUUCUGCGAAUGAUGACCCACAUGGAGUGUUUGCAGUGUAUUCAGAUCAUCAAUCAGUACUUGUAGAGCAGAACCUUAGUAGAUUCAUCCAAAUUAAUGUAACUCGGCUCGCUGGAACAUUUGGAGAUGUGGCCGUUGGAUUUCGCCUAUCAUCCGAUCAAAGGGAUCAGCCGACUGUUACUGAAAAUGCAGAGAGGCAGCUGGUAGUCACAGAUGGUGCCAAAUACAAAGUGGAUGUGGUGCCAGUAAAGAAUCAGGUCUUCCUGUCAUUGGGCUCUAAUUUCACCUUGCAGCUGGUAGCUGUGAAGCUUGUUGGUGGACGUCUCUAUGGCAUGCCAAAAAUUCUCCAGGAAGCAAAAUCCGCUCCCCUUCCUGUCCCUGAGAAUGCGGCCAAUUCCCAGGUUGGAUUUGAAUCUCCUGCCUUUCCACUCACGGACAUUGCUGCUGGAACAAGCCACGUUGUGAUUUCUAGGAAGGGCACGUAUGGCUCACUCCUGGUUGCCUGGGCGGCUGGAUACGCUCCUGGGUUAGGAAUCCCUGAGUUCAGUGUUGUUGGCAACCUGACUCCAGAACUAGGGAGCCUUUCCUUUUCCCACAGAGAGCAGAGCAAAGGAGUCUUGCUGCGGAUGUCUCCCAGCCCUGGUCGGCCGGAGGCUUUUGUUAUCCACCUCUCAGGAGUGCAGAGCAGUGCCCCCGGUGGGGCUCAGCUUCGGCCAGGUUUUACCAUUGCUGAAAUUGAACCAAUGGGAGUCUUUCAGUUUUCUCCUGGUUCAAGAAUGAUCAUAGUGUCAGAGGAUACACAGAUGAUCAGAUUACAUGUACAAAGGCUGUUUGGGUUCCACGGCGAUCUUGCUGCAGUUUCCUAUCAGACCACCGCAGGAAGUGCCCAGCCACUGGAGGACUUUGAGCCUGUUCAGAAUGGGGAACUGCUUUUUCAAAAAUUCCAAGCUGAGGUUGACUUUGAAAUAAUCAUUACUAAUGACAAGCGUCCUGAAACAGAAGAAAUUUUUUACAUUAAUCUAACUUCAGUAGAAAUGAAAGGAUUUCAGAAGUUUGAUGCUGAUUGGAGUCCACGCCUGAAUCUAGAUUUCAGUGUGGCAGUGAUCCGAAUAUUGGAUGAUGACAACCUGGCAGGAACGGUUGCUUCUUUCCCCCACACAACUGUGGCUCUAGCAGCUGACACAGCUCUCAUGCCUGUGGAAACUGACUCCUCCACCAUGUAUCCUGACAGAACUGAGGUAACUGCUGUUACACAGCCAACCGGAAUGGUCAUGAGUGUUGCUGAGGGAGCUGGUUUAUCUACCGUCCCUGAGAAACUUGUCACCCUUCCUGGUAUACCUGUCACGUCUGAGAAGCCUGAUGUGGCCACUGUACCUGCAAACGUCCCCAUUCAUGGAACAUUUAGUCUUGGGCCACCUGUUGUUUAUGUUGACGAGGAGAUGAGGAAUGGCACGCCUAGCACUGUGGAAGUUCUCAUCCGAAGAACUGAUGGGUCUGCCGGUAAUGUCAGUGUAACAGUUAAAACGUUUGGUGAAAAAUCUGCUCAGAAGGAACCAGGUGCAUUGCCCUUUCAUGAUAUCUGUGGAAUUUCCAACCUAACGUGGGCAAUUGAAGAAGACGACUUUAAAGAGCAGACUCUUAUCCUUACAUUCUUGGAUGGGGAAAGAGAACGUAAAGUACUCAUUCAGAUUUUGGAUGAUGAUGAGCCUGAGGGACAGGAGUUCUUCUGUGUGUUUCUCACAGAGCCGCAAGGGGGAGCCCAGAUUGUGAAGGGAAAGGACGACACUGGGUUUGCAGCUUUUGCCGUGAUCAUUAUUACAGGGAGUGAUCUUCAGAAUGGCAUCAUAGGGUUCCGUGAGGAGUCCCAGCAUGGGCUGGAGCUGGCUGAAGGAGCGGAUACGAGCAGAUGGCAUUUAACUGUCACAAGGCAGCGAAACAGGGCAUUCGAAGAUGUCCAGAUUUUCUGGCGAGUCACAUUUAACAAAACAGCUACAGAGCUUGAGAAGAAUGGUGUGAGUCUGAUGGAUCAACUUCUCUCUGUGUCGGGAAGCACAACCUGUGCAGUGGGUCAGACAGAGUGCUUUAUCACCAUUGAGCUCAAACCAGGGAAGAUUGCAUCUCAAGUUAAAAUACAUUUUUAUGUUGAACUGUAUGAAGUAACUGCCGGAGCAGCAAUAAACAAUAGUGCCCGAUUCGCACAGAUCACAUUCUUACACAGUGAUGAACCUCAAAGCCUCGUGUAUUUUUCUGUGGGUUCUCGGCUGCCAGUGGCUCAUAAGAAAGCCACUUUAGUCACUCUGCAGGUGGCCCGGGAUUCUGCAGUAGGACAAAUGAUAUCUGUUAACUUCAGUACCCAGGAGUUGAGGAGUGCCGAAAGAAUUGGUCGUACUGUCGUAUCUCCAGCUCUUUCUGGGAAGGAUUUUGUGAGAACUGAAGGUACAUUGGUCUUUGAACCUGGCCAGAGAAACACCUUAUUGGAUGUUAUCCUAACGCCAGAGGCAGGAUCUUUAAGUCCAUUUCCUAAACGCUUCCAGAUUAUGCUUUUUGACCCAAAAGGUGGUGCCAUGAUUGAUAAAGUGUAUGGGACUGCCAACGUCACUCUCGUCUCCGACGCAGAUUCGCAGGCCUUUUGGGGGCUUGCGGAUCAGCUGCAGCAGCCCCUGGAUGGGGACAUUCUCAACAGAGUGCUCCACACCAUCAGCACGAAAGUGGCCGUGGAGAACACGGAGGAACAGCUUGGUGCUGUGAUGCACUUAAUAGACAAGAUAACUGUUGAAGGAAAAAAACAAGCAUUCAGCAUUGAAAGCCGAAAUCUUUUGUAUGAAAUUCUUUGUGCUCUUGUUAACCCAAAGCGCAAGGACACGAGGGGAUUCAGUCACUUUACCGAAGUGACUGAGAAUUUUGCCUUUUCUCUGCUGACUGACAUUACCUGUGGCUCUCCUGGUGAAAAAAGCAAGACCAUCCUUGACAGUUGCCCGUAUUUGUCCAUUCUGGCUCUUCGCUGGUAUCCGCAGCAAAUCAAUGGCCACAAGUUUGAAGGUAAAGAAGGCGAUUAUAUUCGAAUUCCAGAGAGGUUAUUGGAUGUUCCAGAUGCAGAAAUAACAGCUGAGAAAAGUGCAUGUGAAUUAGUCCAGUUCACAGAGUAUAGCAGCCAGCAGUGGUUUUUAACCGGAAACAGUCUUCAUGCCCUGAAAAAUAAGGUAUUAUCUUUCAGUGUGGAGGGUCAGAGUUCACCAUCCCUGACUGACAACAAUGAGGUUCUGUACAGGAUUUAUGCUGCCAAGCCUAGAAUUGUUCCCCAGACGUCUUUGUGUCUCCUUUGGAAUCAGGCUGCUGCAAGCUGGUUGUCUGACAGUCAGUUUUGCAAAGUGGUUGUGGACACUUCAGACUACGUGGAAUGUACCUGUUCAUACAUGUCCGUGUAUGCUGUCUAUGCCCAGACUGACAACUUGUCUUCAUACAAUGAAGCCUUUUUCUCUUCUGGAUUUAUAUGUAUCUCAGGUUUUUGCCUGGCUGUUCUUUCCCAUAUCUUCUGUGCCAGAUAUGCCAUGUUUGCAGCUAAACUUCUGACUCACAUGAUGGCAGCCAGCUUAGGUACACAGAUUAUGUUUCUGGCAUCUGCAUAUGCAAGUCCCCAACUCAGAGCUGAGAGCUGUUCGGCCAUGGCUGCUGUCACACAUUACCUGUAUCUUUGCCAGUUUAGCUGGAUGCUCAUUCAGUCUGUGAAUUUCUGGUACGUACUGGUGAUGAAUGAUGAACACACAGAAAGGCGAUAUUUGCUGUUCUUCCUUCUGAGUUGGGGACUUCCAGCUUUUGUGGUGAUUCUCCUCAUAGUUAUUUUGAGAGGAAUCUAUCAUCAGAGCAUGCCACAGAUCUAUGGCCUCAUCCACGGUGACCUGUGUUUCAUUCCAAACAUCUACGCAGCCCUAUUUACUGCAGCCCUUGUUCCUUUAAUGUGCCUUGUGGUGGUGUUUGUGGUGUUCAUCCACGCCUACCAGGUGAAGCCACAGUGGAAGGCAUACGAUGACGUCUUCAGAGGAAGAACAAAUGCUACAGAAGUUCCACUGGUUUUAUAUCUGUUUGCCCUGAUUUCUAUGACAUGGCUUUGGGGAGGCCUGCACAUGGCUUACAGACACUUCUGGAUGUUGGUCCUUUUUGUCAUUUUCAACAGUCUGCAGGGACUUUAUGUUUUUGUGGUUUAUUUCAUUCUACACAACCAGACAUGUUGCCCUAUGAAGGCCAGCUACACAGUGGAAAUGAAUGGGCACCCAGGACCCAGCGAGGCCUUCUUUACACCGGGGAGUGGAAUGCCUCCUGCUGGAGGGGAAAUCAACAAGUCCACCCAGAAUCUUAUCAGUGCUGUGGAGGAGGUGCCGCCUGACUGGGAGAGAGCAUCCUUCCAACAAGCCAGACAGGCCAGCUCUGACUUAAAGCCAAGUCCACAGAAUGGUGCCACUUUCCCUUCCUCUGGAGGAUAUGGCCAUGGGUCACUAAUAGCUGAUGAAGAGUCCCAGGAGUUUGAUGACUUGAUAUUUGCAUUAAAAACUGGUGCUGGUCUCAGUGUCAGUGACAAUGAAUCUGGUCAAGGCAGCCAGGAGGGCGGUACCUUGACUGACUCCCAGAUCGUAGAACUCCGGAGGAUACCCAUCGCCGACACCCACCUCUAGCCCCUCAGUAACCAUCAGAAUGAGGAUACUUUCGUAUUUGUAUUGGCUUUGUGCUAACAUUUCAUAAGUAGAUACAGCCACAUAACAGAAAUACAUGGAUUGUACUGGAUGAUUAACCCAGAAGUGACUGUUGUUUUUGGAAUAUUAAAUUACUUACAUUUUUGUGAAACCCAACAGCUUACUGCUAUAAUGAAAGACUGGAUUGAUUUCUGUCAGUUAAUAGUUAAUAAUGCACAUAUUCCAUAGUUGUUUUUUAGUCAUCCUACAUGGCUAACAUUGUUUAAUAAAAGUAAUAACAAUCAAUAAAAACCAUAGAAUCCU